ACUUGACCUUACGAUGAGUUUAGUAAACGAUCACAAUCAGAAGACGCUGCAUAGAUCGUUUCCGACUGAUUCCGAACGCGCUCGGUUUGGCGGGGGGUUUCAGUUCAAACGACGGGCCGGAACUGCAGUCGGUAUCCGACACGGUGCGAACGAUCUGCGAUCCGCGAUGUGGCGUGCUGUGGUUGUGGUGCUGUUCCUGUGGGUGCAGACGGAAUCCGGUUCCGGUGUGCGGGGCAUGACGCAGCUCCGGUUUCCGUACAGCAGCACCAACUUCAGCCUCAGCCUGUACAAGGCCGCCUUCAGUGCGGAACAGAAUGUGGUCGUCGCCCCGUUCACGCUGCAGAACAGCAUCGCCAUGCUGUACUCCAUCGCAACCGGGACGACGCACGACCGAUUGCGGGAGGUGUUCGGGCUGCCGUCCAACUUUACCGAGUUCAUCACCAACCAGAAGCUGCUACACUACACGCUGAGCGAUGUCGGCGGUUCGGAGGGCUUCCGGAUGAAGAAUCGCAUCAUAGUGAACGGAUUCCGCAAGGUUGAUGCGCGAAUGCGCGACAUCAUGCACGAAGAUCUGGACACGGUGCUGAUGUACUUCGACUUUAGCCAGCGGGAAGGUGUCGUACGGCGGGCGAACCACUUUCUCAGCAUGCGUACGAACGGUCUCGUCCGCGAUACGCUCUUUCUCGGUGACGUGCCGAGACAUCUGCAGCUAAUCCAGCUGAGUGCGGGUUCGUUUCGGCCACCGUUUGCGAGCGGUUUCGAUGCGCGGGACACGAUCGCGCGCGACUUCCGGACCGGGUACAUUGAGAAGCUGUACCAGACGACCACCAUGUUCAAGGAGGGUGACUUCCGGUUCGCCCGCAUCCCGGAGCUGGAGAUCGAGGUGCUGGAGUUGCCGUUCCACGCGCGCAGUGACUCCGUGCUGUGGAUCAUGCUGCCCGACCGGGACGCCGAGCUGGACCGCAUCGUGAAGGCACUCGAGCCGGAACACUUUGACGCGAUCCAUGCACACUUCAGUAUGAAGCGUGCCGGAAUAGUGGUGCCGGUGUUCUCCAUCAAGACGGAGUUCAAUGCUACCGAGUUUCUGCGCAAUACGAUCGGGCUGGAUGCGUUGUUUCGGAAGCGCGAAUUGCGCUUCUUCGACGAUCACGAUUCCGCGCUGGACGGUGUGAUGCAUCGUGCCGCCAUAUCCGUGCACGAACAGUCGGCCGAGGCCGGCGGUGUCGCGACGGUCCACAGCUUCAGCAAGCGCAGUGUACCGACGGCCGCGUACCAAUUCUACGUUGGACGCUCGUUUAUGUUUGCGCUCGUGAAACGAUCCUCCAAGCAGCUCCUGUUCAUCGGUCAUCUUUGCCGACCGCACGAUCUGGUGGAGGUGUUAACCACGUGUGUCUGUAACGCAGUGUCGCUAAAGCACGGGCUUUGUAACUUUCCAAAAAUUGUUUCAGAUCCGACUACGGAUGAUGCGAUUACUACGGCGAACAACAAGUUUUCGUUCGAGUACUUCAAGGCGUGCUACGACGAGAAGUGCAACUGUGUCGUGUCGCCGAUUCACGUGCGUCUCGCACUGUCCAUGUUCUAUCCGAUUGCCGGCGCGGCGGUACAGGAAGAUUUCCAGGUCGCGUUCGGUUUGCCGGAAGAUGUGGACGCUUCGGUCGAGCAGCAGAAACGGUUGGCCCAACAGAUGCACGACGGACAACACCUGAAGGCACUGUCGUUCGUGCUGGUAGAGGAAACGCUUCCACUGACCAACGACUUUGAGCGAUUCUUUACGAACACCUUUCAAACGACGGUCGAGCCGGUCGAUCUGACGGACGACAUACCGUCCGCGCUGGCCGUCAACUCUUUUUAUCAGCGCGCAUCAACCGAGAUCGAGGAUUUCAUCGGCGAGGGCGAUGUCUUCUCGCUGCCACCGUGCUUUAAGCUGAUGCUGUUCAGCGGUGUGUCCGUGCUGGCCUCGCUUGCCGUGCGUUUCAGCGCCGCCGACACCGUGAUGGAGGUGUUCCGAUUCGUGAACGCUCCGACACAGCGUGUGCCAAUGAUGCGCACGACAGCGCUCAUUCGACGCUGUCAGCACAACGAGCUCGGCUGUACGAUCGUCGAAGUACCGUGGGAUGCGGCUAGCGGACUUUCGCUGCUAGUGCUGCUACCGUACGAUGGCAAAGAGCUACGUCAGCUCGUACCGACCGUCACCCAUGUCCAUCUGGCACAGAUCGACGAACGGCUUCAGCCCCUGUGGACGAGGUUGAUAUUGCCCAAAUUUUUCGUACGUGAAAAAACCGACCCGAAAGCGAUCCUCGGCAAGCUCGGCUUUGGCGGUGUGUUCGAAAUAGACGAUCUGCGCGUCUUUCGUGACACGGGACGGACACGGCUGAAUGGGUUCUUCCAACACUGCUACAUGGCGACCAGCGAGACCGGUGGAUCAAUUCCCGUCCCAACCGAAACGCCCAACGUGGUCACGUUUAAUGCGAACCGGCCGUUUAUGUUUCUAAUACGCCGCACGAUCGAUGGAUGUGUACUGCAGAUAGGAAACUUUUCCAAAUACAUUGACCCAGACGAACAGUUCUGAAGCGUUCUGAGUGAAAAAAAAUAAAUAAAAACCCAAUUCUUUCGUUUCCCAUCACACACGAUCAGGUGUCAGGUGUCGAAGGUUACUCCGGCUUUGCCAACGGUUUAUGCUAAACGAAGGUCUGCCCCUGGGUGGAACCUUUACAAGCGUAACGAUGCAAAACCAUUGGAAAAAAUGGGUGCAGCUGGAAACAAAACGUAAGGUGCGUAAAUGCAAAUUUUGUUUCACCCCCGUGUCUCGGUCAUUGGCAGUACCGGUUGGCCCCUUCUCGAGUUGGAUAAUAAUUGUCUUAAAGUGUUCUGCUGAAGAAAUGGUCCCCUAAUUCAUCAAAGACAUAUGUGCCACGAACAAAAAAAUGGAAAUUAAAACAACCCCCGGGGGUUUUUUGGUGGAUUGUAUAUCUAUGUUUCUCUAUUAAAACCAAACUUCCCCUUUUUUGCUUGAAACGGAACGCGGUUUCCCCAUGAGGAAUUUCCAAGCGAACAAAAGAAACAGGUGCUACCUACUUGCAAUCGGAAUAUGUUGUCCCUGUUCAUGUUGAACGUCGUUCGUCCACUGAUAGCAGAAGGCUAUUAAUUCAUCCCACCAGACAACCAGACGCAGUUCUCGCAGAAAUUGAGAGAUGAAAAUCAAUGUCCACACAAAACGGAAAUGACUUUCAGUAUAUCAGGAAACCCUUGCACACCGACGAUGGAAAGUUAAACAUUCUAAACCAUUUGUGUGGCAGAUGCUGGCUAGGCCAUGUGUGCUGCCAUGAUCCGGAAUAACGGCCGAGGGGACACACGACGCAUUUCGGUGGCAGCGUCCGAAUAAAAAAAAAACCCAUCCAGCAGUUCCAGGCUUCUCGCGCAAGAACAUCUAAUCGAAUCGGCAAACGGUAAAGCCUGUGUGAACGGCUGUGUCCCGCGGCGUCAAGGAUCAAGGAGUGCGCGUUUUCCCAUCAGCUGCGACACACCGCUAACGAAUGCGCGCGUCCUUGCGUACAGCGACUUGUGUCAGAACAGCUGACACUAGUGGUCUCGUGAGAACGCAAAACCCCUCUAGAACCGUUGCGCUAUCACCACCACCUUUGCUGGAUUGUCUGCAGCCGGCCUCUCGGUGUACAGCCUAACAGUUUCAGCUGGUAGUUCAAAUGCGGCGCGAGGGUUCAAAUGCGAUUGGCAAUGGGUGCCCCUGUGCCCAUGUGUUCGCGAGCCGCUGCAUGUCACCUUUUUUGUCCCGUGUAACGCCAGCAGUUAGAUGCGUUGGAUAAAAAUAUCGCCUCUCCCAAGCUGAUCGCUGCAUGGAUCUUUGACAGUGGAAAAGUCAACGUUACACAAUACAUAUGCGACACGUUAAGAUGUUGUCUAGCGCCUUCUAGUACUGGUUCAGCAAUGUAAA